UAGUUACUGGUUUCGUAACCGGCCGCCGUGCGUUCAGUCUGUCAAUUUUUUUUAUCAUCAUCUGCGGAACGCGUCUCACGUCGCAGUCGCCGUCGCUCGCUCACUCCGCACUCGCAGUUCGCACCCGUACUCACUCACACACACACACACACAUACACUCACACACACUCAUUCGCAGCACACACGCAAACUCGCGCGCGCCGCUCUCGCCUGGUUGGAUUUAUCUAUUUUCCACGCGCCCGCGAGUCCGAACCUAGUCGGCCGCGCCGUACACGUCUCAGCGUCAACCGACCGACACAGCCUUUAGCGCCCGACCGCCGUCGCAAGUCGCUGUUUGGAUUUUCGUCGUCCGUCACCCUACGUACCCGGCACAAUCAUGAGCACCUUAGCGGAGACAAAUCCGAUUUACGGGCCGUUCUUCGGCGUCAUGGGCGCGGCAUCGGCCAUCAUAUUCAGCGCUCUUGGCGCUGCAUACGGUACCGCAAAAUCUGGAACCGGUAUUGCCGCCAUGUCAGUAAUGAGGCCAGAACUUAUUAUGAAAUCCAUCAUUCCCGUUGUCAUGGCUGGUAUUAUUGCUAUAUAUGGUCUCGUAGUAGCUGUCCUAAUAGCAGGAGCUCUGGAAGAGCCAUCUAAAUACUCCUUGUUCAAGGGAUUCAUUCAUCUUGGUGCUGGCCUUUCCGUAGGCUUCAGUGGUUUGGCUGCCGGAUUCGCAAUUGGUAUUGUUGGCGAUGCUGGUGUCAGAGGCACGGCCCAACAGCCCAGAUUAUUCGUAGGAAUGAUCUUGAUCCUAAUUUUCGCAGAAGUAUUGGGAUUGUACGGACUGAUUGUUGCAAUUUACCUAUACACAAAAUAAACAAUUUUCCCUCUGAAUAAAUAUAAAACAAAACAAAUUUUUUUUUUGUAACAAAAAAAAAAACAAACAAACCGUGAACACCCAAACGAUGCCCAGUUGUUGUCGUCAAUACAAACAAUAUACUACCAUAUUAUUAUAAAC